GGAGGGCCAUCGCACGCAUUUUCAAUAUUCCUCUCGGUAAUUGCGAUAUCGCGUUUAACCGGCACGCAACUCGCGCACCAACACCAUGAUCGCGUUCCUCGGGCUGUUCCUGAUCGCUGCCUGGACCGGGGAUGCCGUCGCUGAACUUCCGCCCGGAGUACAGUCCUGUCCUCGAACGAACGACCUCGCGCAAUACAACAGAUGCGUGCUGAAGCAACUGGACGCGAUCACACCGUAUCUGGCUAAAGGAAUACCGUCGCUGAAGCUUCCCGCGCUGGAUCCUCUGUAUCUUCCGUCGCUGACGGUCGACAGAAAUCUGGAGGCGUUGAAGAUCAAGGCCAAUAUGAGCCAGAUACGCGUGUACGGCGCGACGAAUUUUCUCAUCGACGAUCUGAAGGCGAACCCGCACGAUCUAACCGUGGCGAUCAAAGUUCAGCUGCCUCAUAUACACGUGAACGGCGACUAUGAUGUGCAGGGGAGGCUGUUGCUGCUUCCGUUGAACGGCGGCGGUAAUUUCAAAGGAAAUUUCACUAACACUGAAGCGCAGGUGACUGCCCAAGGCAGAGAAGUUACCGACAAAAAUGGCGUCCAGAGGCUCGAAAUCGACAAACUCGUGACGAAAAUUCGCGUCGGCGACGGAAACAUCAAACUGAAAGCGCCACCCUCGCAUAGCGUAGCCGCGGACGCAGCCGCGACCUUCUUCAAUUCAAAUCCACGCCUGGUUCUGGACAUCGCCAGCCCAAUCAUCGAGGACACCGCGGCGACCGUGAGCAGAGCGCUGGCCGCCAGAGCGUUGGGUGUGCUCACCAAGACGGAAUUGCUUCCGUAGUAGUCUCCUCCGACGGUUCUUCCUCGGCUUUGUUGGAUCUGUGUCUACGAUAGCAGAAACGAGUCGUCUGCCGCAGCUGCGAUGAUUGUAGUCGAGGCAAAAUCGAUUGACCGUUCCAAAGACGGGAGAGGAUCAGCCCUCCCUUCCCCCUCCCUCUCUGCGUUCGCUGUUAAAUCUUUUGGAUUUAUUCGUUGCAAGAAUUGUUCGGGGAAAUAUUGUUCGUUCUUCUUGUUAGUAUUUGUUUGUACGCGUCGACCGCAACCAUUUGCUUGUGGUAGACGAGUGAUAGGCGACGAUUAAUCAAAAAAAUGUGUAAUUAUCUCGCAUCGUUUGCAUCGUCGACGAGUUAAUUUGUGCCGGUGAUUUCGAUUAUUUCGUCCCGGUAUUUAUUUUUGUAUUCGAGCUUGUUGAAAAGUAUUUUUCUAUUAGCAAAUUAUUA